UUCAUCGCCGAAUCGAGCUUAAACUCUAUUUCUUUAUAGAUAUUGAAGUAGCUCGACAAGGCGAACAUUUUAUUACUUCAUGCUUCGAUACACACUUUUUUUUCUUCAAAUUCUAACCAAACCAAAUGACCAAUAACUAUGCGACGAUCCACUGUUUCUAACUAAAACAAGUCUAAAAUAUGGCCGAAUUCGAUGUCACCUCGAACAGAAGAAACUUUGAACUUGAAUUUUUGGAUGCAAAAGUCGAUGGCUUCAUUAAAAUUAAGCGCGGUCUAAGAGCAACGACGUUAAGGAUCAAUAAAAUACGGCUCGGAUUAAACAGGAAUUGUAAACUCGGUAAUUUAUGUUCUUCGUCGUUCGAAGCGUACACAAAUGGAGACGCCCCGUUCUUUUUGUCUGUUCGAUAAUUGCAACUACUAAGCAGUGCGAUGAAAGUGAAAAGCAAAAAAAAGUAGCAUUCGAUUGAAUACAUUUUUAUCGUUGAGUGGCCAUGUACCGUAUAAAAUGUCGAUUGAACGGAGUGAUGAAAAGAUAUAGAAAUCGACUUUGAAGCACAUGAUGAGAGAGCAACAAGUCAAACUGGAUUCGCUUUCGAUUCAAACCUCAAUCCGCCGAUGCUCUUUCCCAUUCAGUACGAUGCACAAUCGAAACGCGUUAGCAGCUUGCAUUAAUCUAAUCUGUGCAUUUGAAACCACUGUGCGAAUGUAAAUUCUAAGAAAAAUACGAAAUUCCGGUAUUGUUAUGUCUCAUUGAAUCAAACACAAUUAGUUGCAAUAAAUCGGGUCACGACAACGACACACAACGAAAUGACGAUAUUAACAUAGAUUUCUUUCCUUGUUGUUGUUGCUGUUGCUUCGGCUACAACUGUGAUUAUCACAAGCAGUUCGAAGUAUUUUAAUUUGCAUGGACAAAAACAAGAUUCAUCGACAGUAAAUAUGCGCGACGUGACGGCGAUUGAAAUUCCCAUUCUAUUUUUAAUAAAAUAAAGCGAAAAUAAUGGAAGACGCAAAAAAAUUCAGCGCUACUUUCAUUUAUCUAAUCAGCUUGACCCCCAGAAUGGCUGUCAUUCAAUCGACUCAAUGCACACAUUGGCUAGCCUUGUCUUUGACGCCACAUUGAUUAACCAGAUUUUGGUGCGAAUGCUACAAACCACAAACCGAUCGAAGCAUUCAGUUUGUGAGCAUCGAUUGAGAGUGUUUCAUGUGUAUCGUGUGUGCUGUGUGUGGAAAAUGGCUGAUUUCGGUAUAAACAAAAUUGCCAGGUUGCUUGUAAUUGUGGUUAUUUUCCACCGAGCCGCUGCUUUCGAUGUAAAAUGUGACCAAACAUUUCCGUCGUAUUGUUUCAUCGGAGCGGCUAUUGACUUGCCAGCAAAUGAAGAGUUGAACAUCGCCCCAAUGGAUCAUUCGCACAUGGUGACGCGUUUCGAAAUAGCUCCCGUUUCAAAUCUGAAAAACUUUCCAACAACAAUUUUCGACACAUUUCCUCAGCUAGAAGCCGUUACAUUGAACUCGGCAAAUAUUCGAACUCUCGCACCCAACACAUUCGAAAAGGCGAUUAAUUUAAAAGAUCUGCAUUUGAAGCUGAACAAAAUCAUGAAAUUGACCAAAUCAUUGUUUAAAAAUGCGGAAAAACUGCAGACACUGGAUUUGUCAGGCAAUGAAAUUUCGAGCAUAGAUGAUGAAUCAUUCAAUGGUUUACCAAAUCUGCGAACCCUCAAGCUAAAUGGUAACCGCCUCAAAGUUUUGAAAACGCAAACCUUUUCGGGUCUAGAAGGCCUUGAAUAUUUGCAUUUGUAUUCGAAUAAACUGGAUACAAUUGAGCCGCAAGCAUUGAACGGAAUCCCCAAAUUGACGGAAGUUUUCUUCGGUAACAAUCACCUUCGUACGUUACCCGCUGAUUUAUUCAAUAAUACACCAAAUUUGGAAGUAACCGAAUUCAGUAACAAUCACUUGACUCACAUUGGCGAUGCAUUCAUCAAUUGCCACAAAAUUUACUCGCUAAAUUUGGAGAACAAUCCCAUUGCGGAUAUUGAUUUGGUGAAAUUUGCAAAAAUGAUUUCACUUUCCAGUUUAUCGCUGAAUAGCACGGGUUUUCAAUUCCCCGACGAAUUGCCGACCAAAGAAAAUAUCACCACCAGCUCAUCGGCAGAAAGUUUAAACCUUGGGAAUAAUAAUCUGUCAAAUGCGAACAUAUUCAAUCAUUUAAUCAUGUUUCCGGAACUGCAACGAUUAUAUCUCUACAACAAUAAAUUUACACAUUUCAACGACGCAAACGACAUAAAAAACGUCCUACCCAAAAUAAACACAGUCGAUUUAAUCGGCAAUAAUUUUAUAAUCAAUUGGUUACGCGAUAAUUACGACACAUUCCGACGACUGAGCAUCAAUAUUCUCAUUCCGAGGAAUAAGUGAACACGAAUUAAAAUAUCAAUCAUACACAAAGUUCAAGCGAGAUUUGUGCUUUUGCCCGCCCUACCCAUCUCAUUGCACGAUGUUUACGCCUGCAAUUUUGAAUGUGACUUUCCUGUGUGCACCAUGUACACGAGCGUCGAUAUAUUAUAUAUAUAUAUAUAUAUAUGUGUGUGUGUGUCUGUGACUCAUACGAACUCAGAGAAUUAACUUUCCGUAAUUUUGUUUUUCGAACGUGUCUAAAAAAAUCGAGAAAAUUCGGUGAAAACUUACCUAGAAGUGUUUUUGUUUAUUUUAUGAAUCAGCAAACAAUGUUUACAAUGUGCUAGAUUCUUCGAAUGCAUCAAAGCGUGUCCAACAAAUUCAGUUUGUCGUCGUCAUGAAUAGGCGCAAACAAUUUCAAAUACGUGUUAAAUGAAACACUUGGCAUUUGAUUUUAAUGACACUCUCAAUUUUGUAUCGUCGCAAUAACAAUACUUUUGAUGAAGUAGUGUGAUAAAAUAACGUUGCGCCUUUGAAAAUGUCUGAAAACGAUUUAUCGUGUAUCAGGAAAAUUUCCAAGCAACAAUUAAGCCCAGCAAAAACAACAAAAACAGCAACAACACUUCACGGUUUACAGAAAAGUGAUGAUACAUUUUCAUCGCACGUGACUUUGAUUGUUAUGCUGCGCUUUGAUUGUUAUGAUUAUUUUCGAAUAAGCGGAUUUGGUGUUCUGUUCGCAAUGAACACGUACUUAGAACUUUUAAUAGCCCACAGACAAUGUCGAUCGUAUUGAAUUCAGUCCAAGUUUUAACCAAGUCAAGCACAGAAAUUUAAACCGGCUAAGCAACAAAGUUAACGAUUUUUGCUAAGAAAUUUUCAAAGUGAGAAUAAUUGGACACUACUUAAGGUGCUUGAAUUAAAAGAAAGUUUUUUUGAAAGAAAGAAAGGAAAGACUUAUUAUUCGUCAACCAAUCAUUAUCUUUACUAACCUGACAUUAAUCAAAGGGAAAAGUCCAAAUAAACCGGAAAAUAAAACCGAUUUCAGGCCUAAAAUAAACUUUCAAAACAAAAUGUAAAAGAAUACACAUAAAAUGUUAUUGAUUUAUUUUCUUUUUCUUCUAAAUUUUAUUUAUUCAAAAAAUAUUGAUUUUAUACACAUAUAAUUUUCCCACAUGCAUUGAGAUUAUAUGGUCUCUUAGCAUACGUGUUAAAUGAGUUGGUAAUUGGAUGUUGUUUAUUUGCUAGCAUAUAAUAUAUAAUAUUAUAAGUGACACAUUAGAUAAUUCCAUUUGUUUUUCCCCUUUUUCAUUUCGUCAUGAAAAAAUUACGAAAAAAAGUUACAAAAAAAAUAAUAAAUUUAAAAAGUCAAACCGCACACCGCGUUGAAUAGGCAAAUUCAGGCAAAACACUUAAUACAUUAAAUGAAAAAAAAAAACCGAAAUUCAACAAUAAAUAUGCACGCGAGCGCUCAUCUCCUUUUGGGCUGACUGGUGUGUGUGUGUGUAUGUUUUCUCGUUCUUAUAUUUGUCUCUAUUUACAUUUAUAAUCACAAAAUAAAUCUAUAAAAUAAUUAAAAAA